AUGGAAUCUGCCACACUGGACUACCAGGUUACCCAGAACUGUAAUCUCACGCGAGUCGGUAACGUUGUGCUUGGAUCCAACGGUUAUAGCAUCGCCUUACCAAAAGGAUCAAAGUGGAGGGAAAAGUUAACUAGACAGAUUUUGGAUCUUAACGAAAAGGGUAUAAUCAUGAUGAUGAAGGAGACGUGGUGGAAGAAAAAUCAACAGUGA